AUGAAGUUCACCGCUACCCUCUUCGGCCUCUUCGCCGCUCAGGCCCUUGCCGUCAACAUGUACUCCGCCCCCAACGCCGCAGCUGAGUGCGGUGCCCUCGGCGUCGCAGAAUGGGAUCUCGAUACCCUUCCCGCCGGCAUGGACGUCUCUGAGCUCCGCAAAUGCAAGGAGCAUCCCCUCUCAGUCAAGAUCCACAGCUGCAACCCUGACUCUACGAAGGUCAAGGUCCUUAAGAAGAGAAAAUGCACAUCUUCAAAGUGGAAGCCAAAGGCUGGCUGCGACAAGCAUUGGUGCUGGCAGAACUGCGGCAGUGCCAAGGAGGUCGAAUGGGGUUUCUGGUGCUGGUCUACCCACAAAGACGGAAAGGGUGCUUGGAUGAGCUGUUCCAAUGACAGUGACUGUCCUACUGACGACAAGUUCUGCGGUAAGGGUGACUCCCAGCAGUGUGGUUGCGGCUGCUAA